AUGAUGUUAUCCCUCCCAGCUACUUUCCCUCUUGUCUGUUUUGUUGGUAAUUGUUACAAUUCCUGGGCACGAUCGCUGUCUAGCAUCAUGAAGAUACAGGCUUUCCUGUCUCUAGCUCUGGCGAGCUUUGCUGCCGCUCAAUCCAACAAUGGGACUUCUCUUGCCGAGGCUUUGGCUUCGCAGAACGAGACUCUGUCCGCCCUGAAUGGCCUCCUCGAGUCCCAGACUGAUUUUUUCGAUCGGCUCGCUGACCUCGAUAACAUCACCAUCCUCGCUCCCAGCAAUGAGGCUCUCAGUGACUUCCUCAACAGCACUAACAUCACUAACUUUGUUCCGGAGGCUUCCAACGUCGUCUCGGCUAUUCUGUCCUACCAUGUCCUCAACGGCAGUUGGUAUGCUGGCAACUUCACCGACACGCCUGUCUUCAUUCCCUCGCUUCUUAACAACCAGACUUGGGAGAAUGUGACUGGGGGUCAGGUCGUCGAGGGUGUUGCUGUUGAGGGCAUUGUCAGUUUCUAUAGUGCUUUCCGGGCUGAAGCCAAUGUGACCGAGGCUAACCUAGACUUCACCGGUGGUGUCAUCCACAUCAUCAACCGAGUCCUCAACAUCCCCAAGAACCUUACCGAAACUGUCAUCGCCGCUAACCUCACCGCUGCCAUGGGUGCCCUCACCGAAGUCGAGCUUGCCACUGACCUCGUCGAAGCCGAAAGCCUCACCGUUUUUGUGCCCAGCAACAGCGCAUUUGCGGCGAUAGGGUCUAUAGCCGGAGAUCUUAGUGAGGACGACCUCCGGGAUGUCCUCCGAUACCAUGUCAUCCGCGGCACGGUCGAAUAUAGCAGCUUGCUUGAGAACGGCACACUUGAGACUGUUGAGGGCGAGGAUGUGAGAAUCUCGGUUUAUGAUGGAGAUGUCUUUGUGAAUGAGGCCAGGGUUAUCAUUCCUGAUGUUCUCAUCGCCAACGGUGUCAUCCACGUCAUUGACGGUGUCCUCAACCCCGAGAACCCUACCGCCACUGCCGACCCCGACCAUGAGACUCGGACUCCGGCCUUCUCCGGCGCUACCUCCGUCAGUGACAUCGGCGUGCCGUUUACUUCAGGUGUGCCCCAAGCUACCGAGGAGGCCACUGGCUUGAACACUGCUACGCCCACUGACGCUGGUGCGCGGGCCACGGCUGCUGCGGCUCUUGCUGCACUGUUUGGUGGUGUGGCUGCUGCCUUUAACAUGUAA